CGGCCUGUUUCAUAAACCAUACUGAUAAUAUUAGCUAUUAAUAGUAGUCUCAUAAAUUAAUAAUAUUAGUAUGCUUUUUUCUGUUUCAUAAAAAUAUAUAUUAGACUAAUAAAAGUGAAGACUAAUAAUAUUAUUUUACUAGUCAGCUGUUUACAAGUUAGUGAGGUUAUGUCAUAAUUUGCGGUGCGGUUCCAUUAAGUGGCGUUAAAUUUGCAUAAUGUCUAAAAUAAGAAGUAAAAGAUCGGAAAAGCAAGUUAAGCAACAAAACUUUCUCCGAAAAAUUAAAGACAUGAAAGAUAGUCUAUUUGGACAGUUUUCUACCACACUGACCAAGGAAACAAAAAGAUCCGCAUGGAUGGAAGUUAGGGACUGUGCGGUUUCUAUUGGAUUGAUUACAUGCGAGAAAGACUACACCUACGUGCGUGAUGCUACUUGGCCUAAUAUUCGGAACCGAACAAUGAUCAAACUUGAUAACGCAAAAAAAACUGGAUCAGAUGGCGGCCCCGAUUCGAAACUUGAUGACACCGACAAGCUAGUAAUUGAAAUAAUUGGAAAAAACUCUCCAGUUAUAGAAGGAAUCGGGGUCGCGGAUUCAAUGGAGGAAGAGGUUGUAACCCAAACUCUACCGACUAAUACUGAGACAUUAGCUGAUAUGUCGUAA